UAUAAAUAAAUGUAUUAAUUAUUAGUUCUAUUGAAUGCAUUGAGGUUCGAUCAGAGAGACCCUCUUCUGCUCAGACAUGCCUCCAGCUGAGACCUUGCCACCCUGAAACAAAUAUGGUUAAAUCAACCAUCAAGAAUCUCAGAAACCCCACUCUGUUCAGGGUGAUGAUGGUUUUGUAAGAUAACAUGUUGUAAGAUUUACAUUUUUGGAGAUAUAAUAUUUAAACCCCCUUUUAGGGUUUAAAGGCAGAAAACUGACUUUUACCUUUCUCUGAGAAUCUGUUUUUCCCUCAUGAAACUGUUCAUGUUAAUAAUUAGGAGUUGGAAGCCCAUUUUUUCAGUGAUUACUCACUGAAUUGAUGCUAAAAUCCUAGAGCCCUUUGUUCCUCAUGCCAAAAAUAUUCUUGCAUUUUGCUUGUUUCAGAGUAACAUCUCUUGCAGGUUUCCUAAAAUCUUGUCAAAAUAUAAUAGGUUUUUAAUUUCUUUCAUUAUCUUCAAUGUCAGAAAAGAGCCAGCUUCCCUCGAGGCUCUUUCUCUGCUUAAUAACCAUUUCAAUCGCUCUUUUGAUCACCUCUUCAUUAUUCCUUCUUCAAUUCAGUGACAAUUCUUUCAGACCCACCUCAGUUCUUAAGCUAAUUCUUGUGAAUAACACAUCAGAUUACUUCCAACCUAGUGUUGGCAGUGAAAAAGUCGAAGCUCCUUUCACCCCUUCUGUGGCUUCCCCAAUCUAUAGUAACCCACCUGUGAGAAUCAAAGAGGUGCCUUGUCCGAGUUCUGAACCCAGCAACAAAUUGAGUGCUGUAGGACUAGAAAAAGAGAAGAUUUGUGAUACAAAUCAUGCUGUCCUUCAGGUGUAUAUGUAUGACUUGCCUCUUGAAUUUCACUUUGGGUUAUUGGGUUGGAAAGGAAAUUCAGAUCAAACAUGGCCAGAUGUUGGUAACCCUAGUCGAAUCCCUUCAUACCCGGGAGGCUUAAAUUUACAACACAGUAUGGAGUACUGGCUCACCCUUGAUCUUCUAUCAUCGAAUGUUCCAAAUAUGGUCAGACCAUGCAGUGCUAUCAGAGUGCAUAAUGCAAGCCAAGCAGAUAUAAUCUUUGUGCCCUUUUUCUCAUCUCUGAGUUACAAUAGGCAUUCUAAGCUACAUGGAAAGGAGAGAGUUAGCGUCAACAGAAUGUUGCAGAAUAAAUUAGUGGAGUUUUUGAAGGGUCGGAAUGAAUGGAAGCGUUUGGGUGGGAAGGAUCAUCUGAUAGUAGCACACCAUCCUAAUAGCAUGUUGGUUGCCCGAAAGAAGCUUGCUUCUGCCAUGUUUGUUCUUGCAGAUUUCGGGAGAUACUUGGUGGCAAUAGCAAACCUUCAAAAGGAUGUGAUCGCUCCGUACAAGCAUCUUGUGAAGACCAUUCCUUCUGACAAGUCAACCCCAUUUGAAGGGCGUCCUAUAUUGGUGUAUUUUCAAGGAGCCAUUUAUAGGAAAGAUGGGGGAGCAACCCGUCAUGAACUGUAUUACCUUCUCAAAGAUGAGAAAGAUGUCCACUUCACAUUUGGAAGUGUUCAAACAAAUGGAAUCAAUCAGGCAGGACAAGGGAUGGGCUCUUCCAAAUUCUGCCUGAACAUUGCCGGGGACACACCUUCCUCAAAUCGCCUCUUUGAUGCCAUUGCUAGCCAUUGUGUUCCUGUAAUAAUUAGUGAUGAAAUUGAGCUACCAUUUGAGGAUGUCUUGGACUACUCUGAAUUCUGCAUAUUUAUACGUGCAUCAGACGCUGUGAAGAAAGGGUUUUUAUUGAAUCUUCUAAGGGAAAUUAAUCAAGACCAGUGGACCAAAAUGUGGGAAAGAUUGAAGCAGAUUGCUCUACACUUUGAAUAUCAGUAUCCAUCUCAGCCCGGUGAUGCAGUGGAUAUGAUUUGGCAGGCAAUUUCACGUAAGAAAUCAUCGAUACGAUUUAAGGGUCAUAGGAACAACAGAUACCGCAGAUCUCAGAAUCUUGUUAAGAUUACAUAAAUACCCAUUUGGAAUAUUGGAAAAUUUCUUGGCUUUUGAGUUUGGUGAAGAUCAUCGGAUAUCUGGCUACAUUAUGGGUUCUUCAAAAUAAUGUAAGCUUAGUUUUGUUAAGAAUAUGUAUGCUUUUGUUUCUGUCUACUUUUUCAUGUCUCGUGUUGUUUCAAUUUCAAUUUUUGUGCAGUUCAUACUCGAUUAUGGUUUCAAAGAAUUCUGUUAAAUAGUAGUUCAGUCUAUUCGAG